AAAUAACUCGUCGGAGUCAGUACGGUGCUCUCUCCGUCUCAGCCGUCGCCAACUAAUCUAUCCCCGAUCACGCGGCGAACCGCCGCAACACCACUAUCACCAAUCGCAAUGGAGAACCCUCCACCGUCCUCCGCCGGUCCGUACUCGGCGCCCGCGCCGGCAGCGCAGCAUCAGGACGCGGCGAAGGAGGAUCAGGACGUGGCGCAGCUCGUGCUCAACCUCUGCAUCCCGGAGCUCCGCGAGAAGGCCAUCAUCAUCCUUUCCAAGAAGCGAGAAAAAUGUGAAGAUCUUGCUCUACUACUAUGGCACUCUUUUGGUACAAUGGCUGCACUACUCCAGGAAAUUGUGUCAAUUUAUCGAUUACUUUCACCCCCACAAUUAUCUUUUGACCAAUCAACUCGAGUCUGCAAUGUGCUUGUACUCCUUAAGUGUGUGGCAUCACACCCUGAUACUAGGAUGCCAUUUUUAAAUGCACAGUUUCCACUGUACCUGUACCCUUUCUUGAACACUACCUACAAAACAAGAGAAUAUGAGUUCUUGAGGAUUAGUAGCCUGAGCGUGAUCGGUGCUCUUGUGAAGUCCGAUGAUCAUGAAGUCAUUGUGAAUUUGCUGUGUUCUGAAAUAGUUCCUUUGUGUCUGCGUGCUAUUGAGAUGGGCAGUGAACUUUCAAAAAAGGUGGCCACUUUUAUUCUCCAAAAGAUUAUGCUUGACGACACAGGGCUUGCGUACGUAUGCGCUUCUUCUGAACGUUUCUGCGCUGUUGCCAAUGUGCUAGCUCAGAUGGUCGAAGCACUUGCUGAACAGCCUUCCCCGAGGACGCUUAAGAACACAAUCCGCUGCUACCUCAGGCUGACAGAUGAUCGAAGGGCCUGCCAAGCGUUACGUGACUACCUCCCCAUCGCGUUGAGGGACGGGACAUUCAACGGCUUAAUCGAGGUCGAUCUCACAGCAAGGCUAUGGCUCCACCAGCUGCUGCAUAACGUCAUGAUGUCAGACAGUGGAGGCGGCCCUCGCCCUGCCCCGGGUCCUGUGAUGGGGAUGUGAAUGAAGCCGGUCGCCACGCCUCAUCAUCUGUGAAGAUCCAAGAGCGUGCGUUGUAGCUGUAGGUAGCGAAGUAGUAACCCACAGGGAAGGGAAAGCAAUCGUGGUGGUGUUCACACCCUUUUGGAGGGAACAAACACAAACAGCUGAGCUUUGUGCCGUUUGGAUGGCGAAGAAGCAACGAUAACACGCGUCUUCUUGAUACAAGUCUGGCUGGCCAUUGGUCGUUGGGAUUUUGAAA